CUGGAAUUUCGACGCUUAUAAAAUCUGUCGGUUUCAGAAGCGCGUUGUCAGAAUUGAAAUAAAACUUGUGCCGAGCGUGCGAAGCCAAGCAGUGCGAAAAAUCCCCAGCGACUCAUUGAAUUUUAUUUUUUUAUUGAAAUAGACGCAAAUUUACAAAGAUGCCUGAAGAAAGCCAAGACGUCGAAACCUUCGCUUUCCAAGCCGAGAUCGCUCAGUUGAUGAGCUUGAUCAUCAACACCUUCUACUCCAACAAAGAAAUCUUCCUCCGAGAAUUGAUCUCCAACUCUUCCGAUGCUUUGGACAAAAUCCGCUAUGAAUCUCUCACCAACCCAUCCAGGCUGGACUCUGGCAAAGACCUCUACAUCAAAAUCAUCCCCAACAAGAGCGAAGGAACCCUCACACUCAUUGAUACCGGAAUUGGUAUGACCAAAGCUGAUUUAGUCAACAAUUUGGGUACCAUUGCAAAGUCUGGAACCAAAGCUUUCAUGGAAGCUCUCCAAGCCGGUGCCGAUAUCAGCAUGAUUGGACAGUUUGGUGUGGGUUUCUACUCAGCCUACUUGGUAGCAGACAGGGUUGUUGUAGUAUCGAAGCACAACGAUGACGAACAGUACAUUUGGGAAUCUUCUGCUGGAGGUAGCUUCACUAUUCGUCCAGACCAUGGGGAACCUUUGGGACGCGGUACCAAGAUCGUCCUGUACAUCAAGGAAGACCAAACUGAGUUCUUGGAAGAGAACAAGAUUAAGGAAAUCGUCAAGAAACAUUCCCAGUUCAUUGGUUACCCCAUCAAAUUGCUGGUGGAAAAGGAAAGAGAAAAGGAAUUGAGUGAAGACGAGGCUGAAGAAGAAAAGAAGGAAGAAGGUGAGGAAAAGGAUAAACCAAAGAUCGAAGAUGUCGGCGAGGAUGAGGAUGAAGACAAAAAGGAAGAGAAAAAGAAGAAGAAGACCAUCAAAGAAAAAUACACCGAAGAUGAGGAAUUGAACAAAACCAAACCAAUCUGGACCAGGAAUCCUGAUGACAUCAGCCAGGAAGAAUACGGUGAAUUCUACAAAUCCCUCACCAACGACUGGGAAGACCAUUUGGCUGUAAAACACUUCAGUGUUGAAGGUCAACUUGAAUUCAGAGCUCUCCUCUUCGUUCCACGCAGAAUUCCUUUCGAUCUGUUCGAAAACAAGAAGCGCAAGAACAACAUUAAACUGUACGUAAGAAGAGUAUUCAUCAUGGACAACUGUGAAGAACUCAUUCCCGAAUACCUGAACUUCAUCAAAGGCGUCGUUGACUCUGAAGAUCUUCCUCUGAACAUCUCCCGUGAAACCCUGCAACAGAACAAGAUCCUGAAAGUGAUCCGCAAGAAUCUCGUAAAGAAAUGUUUGGAACUUUUUGAAGAAUUAUCUGAAGACAAGGAUGGUUACAAGAAGUUCUACGAACAGUUCUCUAAGAACUUGAAAUUGGGUAUUCACGAGGACUCGCAGAACCGUACUAAAUUGGCUGAUUUACUCAGGUACCACACUUCUGCAAGCGGUGAUGAAGCGUGUUCCUUGAAAGACUAUGUGAGCCGUAUCAAGGAGAACCAGAAGAGCAUCUACUACAUUACUGGAGAGAGUAAGGAACAAGUAGCCAACUCUGCCUUUGUUGAGCGCGUCAAGAAGCGUGGAUUUGAAGUUGUUUACAUGACCGAGCCCAUCGAUGAAUAUGUCGUCCAACAAAUGAAAGAAUAUGACGGAAAACCUUUAGUUUCUGUAACCAAAGAAGGCCUUGAAUUGCCCGAGGAUGAAGAUGAGAAGAAGAAACGCGAAGAAGACAAGGCUAAGUUCGAAGGUUUGUGUAAGGUCAUGAAGAGCAUCUUGGAUAACAAAGUCGAAAAAGUCGUAGUAUCCAACAGAUUGGUUGAAUCUCCUUGCUGUAUCGUCACAUCUCAAUACGGCUGGACAGCUAACAUGGAGCGUAUCAUGAAAGCUCAAGCUCUUCGCGAUACAUCCACCAUGGGAUACAUGGCGGCGAAGAAACAUCUCGAAAUCAACCCCGACCAUCCAAUCGUUGAAAACCUCCGUCAGAAAGCCGAAGCUGACAAAAACGACAAAGCUGUCAAGGAUCUAGUCAUUCUUCUGUUUGAAACUGCCCUCCUUAGCUCAGGGUUCACUCUGGAAGAGCCCCAGGUUCACGCUUCCAGGAUUUACCGGAUGAUCAAGCUUGGACUGGGAAUCGACGAGGAGGAAGCUAUGCUGACUGAAGAACCCGCUGUUGCCGACGUGCCUGCGGACAGCGGUGAUGCCGAAGAUGCCUCUCGAAUGGAAGAAGUCGAUUAAGUUUGUCGUUAAGAGUUUAUUUUUUAUAUAUAUCAACAGGACAUGUGUUGUAAUAUGUUCUUCAUUCCACUGUCAUGAUUUUGUAUAACGAGUAUUAUUUAUUGUUCACGAUUUUUUUUGUAUUGAAAUCUGAUUUCAGCCCUGUUUAGGUAUAUGAUUUUAUUUUUGGCUGUGCCAAUGUUUUUUUAUUACUAGAUAAAAUAAAUUAAUAAUAAUUAACAUUA